CGACGUAACGGUUUCUGGUCUGAAUGUUUUUAUUCUUUCAUGGCGCAUGUCGUGUACGUUCAACGAGGAAUAAUUAUCGCUCGCAUUUGACGCAGUGCGUUAAUCUCAUAUUACAAACGGAGAAGAACGUUAUAUAGUGCCGCGUGUUACGCGAUACGCUUUCCGAGUUAGUAAAUCUGUGUUAGUGGUUUGUAACAGAAACGCGGCGGUUAGGCACUGCAGAGAAAACUUGACAUUGGAACGGCCAUUUUGGCGUGUUGUUUCCUAAUCGAGUGCUCAGCUCAGCAUCGAUAUCCAUCCAUUUCAAGGAAAUAAAAUACUUCAUCUGUAUCAAAAUGAUGACAGAAACACAUAUAAACUCCAAUCAUGUCUUAAAUUCUGGUUUGGCACCCAAAUCAGAGAUAGACAAAAUGGAUGAUGUCGGUUGGAAAGCCAAAUUAAAAAUUCCACCAAAGGACAAAAGAAUUAAAACUAGUGAUGUUACCGAUACUCGUGGCAAUGAAUUUGAAGAGUUUUGCCUGAAGCGAGAGCUAUUAAUGGGAAUCUUUGAGAAAGGCUGGGAAAAGCCUUCUCCGAUUCAAGAAGCCAGUAUUCCUAUUGCAUUGUCUGGUAAAGAUAUCUUGGCCCGUGCAAAGAAUGGGACUGGCAAAACUGGGGCCUACUCAAUUCCAGUGCUAGAACAGGUUGAUUCACGAAAAGAUGUGAUCCAAGCACUGGUAAUUGUACCCACCAGGGAGUUAGCUCUCCAAACAUCACAAAUCUGUAUUGAACUGGCAAAACACAUGGAUAUAAAAGUAAUGGUAACUACCGGAGGAACAAACUUACGGGAUGAUAUUAUGAGGAUUUACCAGAAAGUGCAAGUGAUAAUUGCAACGCCAGGAAGAAUUCUUGAUCUCAUGGACAAGAAUGUUGCAAAUAUGGAUCACUGUAAAAUUCUAGUUUUGGAUGAAGCGGAUAAGCUUCUAUCGCAAGAUUUUAAAGGAAUGUUGGAUCAUGUAAUUUCUAGAUUACCACACGAACGUCAGAUAUUGCUGUAUUCAGCCACAUUUCCUUUGACGGUGAAACAAUUCAUGGAGAAACACUUAAGAGAUCCGUACGAGAUUAAUUUAAUGGAGGAACUCACAUUGAAAGGUGUAACACAGUAUUAUGCCUUUGUACAAGAACGACAAAAAGUUCAUUGCCUUAAUACGCUGUUUUCCAAGUUGCAAAUAACACAAAGUAUAAUAUUCUGCAAUUCAACGCAACGCGUUGAAUUACUUGCAAAAAAGAUAACAGAUCUUGGUUACUGCUGUUAUUAUAUACACGCGAAAAUGGCGCAGGCACACCGAAAUCGCGUGUUUCACGAUUUCCGAGCAGGACUAUGCAGAAACUUGGUUAGCAGCGAUCUCUUCACGCGUGGUAUCGACGUACAAGCUGUGAACGUCGUAAUCAACUUUGACUUUCCAAAAAUGGCAGAGACAUACUUGCAUCGUAUUGGUCGAUCAGGACGAUUUGGCCAUUUAGGUAUAGCAAUUAACCUAAUCACAUAUGAGGAUCGCUUUAACUUGCAUCGUAUCGAACAAGAACUUGGAACAGAAAUUAAGCCUAUCCCAAAGGUAAUAGACCCAAAUUUGUAUGUAGCAAGACCAGAAGACAAUAAUAGUAUGGAAGAGGGUAACGUGUCCAAGUAGUUUCGAUACAUCGUCAUUAUGAAGUUUUACAUGCGCUCAAAGAGUUUAAAGUGUAAAAUGGUGAUUGUGACUCGUACGUGUAAGGCAUACAUUGCUAUGCUUUGAACUCAACAGAGUGAAAUGUUACUUCGGUCUGGAAUGAAUUGUCUGGUGUGUUUAACAGUGUAUAAAGACAAAACAGUGCUAUGAACGUUUAGAUAAAAAAAGUGGUCUAUAUAGAAAAAAAAUUGAAAAUUUCAAUUAACAUAGUAAGCAGCGGAAACAUGAAUUACUUGUAAAUAAGGCAUAUACUGAUUAUGAAACAGUGAACUCAGUGAAUGAAUAGAUGCGAAUGCCGGUGCGAGUCAUUCUUUGUACAUAAAUACAUAUAAAUGUACAUAAUCUAAAGUGCGUCAGAGUCAAGCCAUUAUCAAGAGCACAAUAUGUAAACGAGUACAUGAGUAACAUAAUAAUCAUAACAUUUUACCGCAACUGUAAAUAUUACAUGAAGAGUAUCCAUCGUUUUAAUAGUAAAUUUUUAUACAACGGCUUCAUACUUCCAAGGUUUUUUUGUUCUGUAAGGAAAAUUGUGAUGGCAUGUGAGAUUUAAAGGAAAAACAGCAGAGUGAAAGGAAAUUCAUACUUGUGUGCUGUUUAUGAGAAUCCGAAUAUUGUAUAUUAAUCCAUAUGCCUAUUACUUUUGCAUCUCCAUAGGAAGGUAUAAAUUCUCCUUAAAUAUACAAUCACAAAUUCGAAAUAUUGUAUUGAUCUUAAUAUUUGAUCAUGGCUUGAUUUUGCUACCUGUCAAUGCUGUCAUACAACUCUGAAAUUCGAAUCACUUUUCAAAAAAGCAAGGCUAUCUUUUCUUUCUGUAAAGCGGUAAUAAAAACGUUUUUUUUUAACUUAAUCGUAAUUUUUUUUACGAAAUUGUGAUUGAACGUCAGAGGUUGUAAAAUUGACUAGUUUUAUAUAAUUAUUUUGUAUAAAUACCUGGCUGGUGGCAUUUAUCAAUGUUAGGGAUUCAAUGUCUGAUUUCUAUUACGUAUUUGUGUCUAGUAAAAAUUGAUGCUUCAACAAGCAAGAGUAAUGAAAUUACCUAAGAAGGAUUUUAUAUUACUCUCAAGACACACUUUAGGUAAAUCAAUAAAGGUACACGAAAAUUUACACAUCAUACUAUAUAGCAUACUAUAACAUUUUUUGUGACAGAUGAUGAAUUAACUGCCAAAAUGUAAUCUAAUAAUAGAAGAUCAUCAUGGAAUCCCUUUUUAUUCUUGGUUUUUCUCUUUGAUAUCUGUGUACAUGUUAAUUGUACAAUAACAAACAAAACAACAACAAAAGACGUUUAAGAAAUGACUUCGAAUCAGAUUUCUCUUAUAUUAUUCAGAUUUUGUGUGAAGAAAAAAGUGCACCGCCAGCCAAGACAACUUAGGUUUAUGGAACGAAAUGCGUAUACAUUAAUAGGCAAUAGUAGAAUAUUUCUUACUUGAUGCAAAAAUUUCAACGAGAAAUAUUACUGAGAGCGAUGGAAAGCGGUUUGGAAUGCCUUUAGUCUUAUAAUAUCAGUUUUGACAGGAUAUUUUGCUUUUGCGGUGGAUGACAACAGGAGAGAUGUCUUAUGACAGAAAGAUUGACUGCUGGAGCAGAAAGUGUGAACAUUCGAAAUUUUGCUACAGAACAAAUAUGAAAACUUAAUUAAGCGAAACUGAAUGUUUUAACAUGCAUACAAUUAUAUAUAUAUAUAUAUUUUACUUCUGAAGAAAAAUAUUGAACUUUCGAAUCAGUGCGUAGUUCCAAAAAUGCAUGUAAAACUCAUUGACUUAAAAAUUUUUAACUUCUAAUUUAAUGUUUGUUAUACGCAACACAUAUGUAUUUAAUACAAUAACAAGGAAAGGCAUGGUAUUAGAAACCAAAUAUUGGUAAAUACAAGUAUUUGAUACGAGCGUUCUAUAUACUGACUUGUAUGCAUAUCAGGGAUAGAACGAAGAAUUCUUCUUCGUCUCGUUAUCCGUCACAAAAUUACGAACGUAUGUAUAGUAUACCGGGUAAUGCAUCUAUUGCAGAGAACAUUUUACAAUCCUAUUCUACUAUACGUGAAUGAUAUGCUAUACAAUUAUUAAUCAUUGACGUAAGAAAAUAUCUCUCUUGUGUCAUCAUCCGAGCAUUAAUGCUGUGAUUUAAUAUUAUGGUGUUAAAAGCAUUAGAAACCGUUUUUUUUUUAUGCUAAUGAAAAUAAUCAUAAUUUGAUACAUACGACGUUUCAAUAUUGGGAAAAUAUGUCUGCGAUACACGUAGCGGUGUGGACAUUAUCAAUCGAUUUACACUUUUUUUGUCAGCUUGAGAAGAAUGUGAUGUGGGAAAUUGAUGUUAAUGUAGGAAAUCUCAAUAAGUGAUCGUAACACAAGCGCGCAUCUGAUUGUUGCGAGGAUAAGGCAUAUUAUGAUGCCUGAAGCGAUAGAGGAAAGAAAAUUGCUAAUAAAAGAUCAAUAAGCAAAA